AUGAAAAGACUAUCGUCCAGCUGCCUGCGCUUUCAGCUGCCAUGGACAAGGCGUCCGAGCCUGCAAAGGUGCCGCAAAGACUACCGACUGCUAUCAGCCACUUCGAGACUCCAAAUUGAAGAGCAAAGUCUACCACGAUUUCAUCAAAAGCGAUACUUCCCUGUGAACAUUGGUCAGGUCUUCAACAACCGAUAUCGCAUCAUCGCCAAACUGGGCUACGGUGCAAAUUCCACAGUCUGGCUUGCACGCGACCAAGUAACGCAGCAGUACGCAUCGCUCAAGAUCUGCGUCCGCGACGAGACCGAAGAUUCACCUGUCUUGAACGAGUACAACAUUCUCCGCCACAUCUCAGCAUGUGCAACAACCUCGGACCACGCAGGUCCCUCGCUGCUUCGGCGUGCUGAUGACAUGUUCAUGGCAGACGGGCAUCACUGCUUUGUGAUGAAGCCCUACGCCUGUAGCCUGCAACAGCUUCGAGAAAUGUUCCCUUACUCCAUAAUACCACGAGAAUUCAUCAUGGCCGUCGUUGUGCGACUGCUUGGAUGCAGCAAUUGGCUUCAGCUAGAGGCUGGUAUCGUGCAUACGGAGAUUACGCCUCAAAACAUCCUCCUAGCGGCCAGCGACGACGACAUUUUCUCGAGAGCCGAAAGGAUGGAGCUUGAAAGCCCAAGUGUUCCGGUUAUCGACCACUCAAAGCCUUGUCCAUAUCCAAUAUACAUCUCUCGCGGACUUACCAUGAACCUUUCGGAAGCAUCUGGAUAUUCAGUGUUGACAGACUUUGGCUCCGCCAGGUUCCUCGAUGCUGCCGCAACGACUCGAGGCUGGUGCAUGCCGGAUACUUAUCGGGCGCCCGAAGUCUUGAUGAGCCUUCCAUGGGGCCACGGUGUCGAUAUCUGGUCAAUCGGUGUUAUGGUGCUCGAGCUCCUAGAGGGGAGGAACGUAUUCAAUCCCAUCGAUAGGGUCCACAACCAGUACGUCCUGCCAGUAGCCUUGGCUCAGUACAUCAGCCUCACGGGCCCACCACCACUGUGGAUGAUCCAGCAAAGCGAGGAUCCAGUCAUUCCAACGUUCUUCGAUGACCAAGGCAGAUGGAUUGCCGACCUGCCCAUUCCCAAGAGGAGCUUCCAGGAUAUCGUAACGGUGAUCGAGCCUGGCGAGGAGAAGGACCAGUUCAUUGGAUUCCUCCACAAAAUCUUCACCUGGGAUACAGUCCAGAGGGCCAAUUCCUACGAGCUUCUCCAGGACGAGUGGCUUACGGGACCCCUCAGAGCUCAGGGCAUCCUGUCUUGA